UUUCUUUUCCUUUCUUUCUCCUCACGCCUCGCUCGCUCUCUUCCUCUUCCUCCCUCGCUUUGCCCGCUCCGAGGAGCUAGAUUCGAUCACAUCGCGUCACACCCGAGAGAGAGCCAAAACCCUAGCCAGAUCCUUCCAGAAGCUUCCGCCCGCCCGCGGAGGAGAUGCAGGGCGGAAACCACAUGCUCCUCGAGGAGCCCGUCCGCCUCGCUUCCUGCCUCGCCCCGGCCAAGCCCAAAGUAUUCCCAUCGCUCACCAAGAUUGUUGGGACGCUUGGGCCCAGGUCGCGCUCGGUCGAAGUUAUUGAAGAAUGCCUCACUGCCGGGAUGUCAGUUACGCGGUUUGAUUUCUCUUGGAAGGAUGCUGCUUAUCAUCAGGAGACCCUUGAUAAUCUCAGGAAAGCCGCACAGAAUGUCAAGAAGUUGUGCCCUAUAAUGUUAGAUACAGUGGGUCCAGAAAUUCAGGUUGACAACUCAACUGGUGGAUCAAUCGAGUUGAAAGGUGGAAAUCAUGUCACAAUAACACCAGACCUUUCUAAAGCUCCCUCAGCUGAUAUUCUACCAAUUAAAUUUGGUGAUCUUGCAAAAGUUGUGAAGAAGGGUGAUACUCUUUUCAUGGGUCAAUAUCUUUUCACAGGAAGUGAAUCAACGUCUCUCUGGCUCGAGGUUACUGAGACUUCUGGUGAAGAAGUGAUUUGUCUUGUGAAGAAUACGGCUACACUGUCAGGGCCCAUUUUCACUCUGCAUGUUUCACAAGUACAUAUCAGUAUGCCCACUUUGAGUGAAUAUGAUAAACAGGUCAUUUCAACAUGGGGGUUGCAGAACAGUGUUGAUAUUAUAUCGCUUUCACAUACCCGCUCUUCUGAGGAUGUCAGUGAGCUUAGAGCCUUUUUACUAUCUCAUGAUCUUCAAGACACGCAGAUCUAUGCGAAGAUUGAAAAUGCUGAGGGUUUGGAGCAUUUUGAUGAAAUUCUCCAAGAGGCUGAUGGUAUUAUUAUAUCUCGAGGAGAUCUGGGAAUUGACCUCCCACCAGAGAGGGUGUUCAUGUCCCAGAAGAAUGGUAUCCAGAAAUGCAACCUGGCUGGCAAACCUGUGAUCAUCACUAGAGUUGUGGAUAGUAUGGUUGACAAUCUACGCCCUACUCGUGCGGAAGCAACUGAUGUAGCAAAUGCUGUCCUUGAUGGAACUGAUGGCAUUUUGCUUGGUGCGGAGACACUUCGAGGGCAAUAUCCUGUUGAUUCUGUGGGUACUGUUGGCAAGAUAUGUUCAGAAGCUGAGACCGUGUAUAACCAGUCACUUCACUUCAAGAGAGUAGUGAGGCAUGUAGGUGAACCCAUGGCCCAUGAAGAAUCUGUAGCAUCAUCAGCGGUUCGUUCUGCAAUGAAAGUAAAAGCUGCUGCGAUUAUUGUGUUCACCUUCUCAGGGAGAGCUGCUAGAUUAAUUGCUAAGUACAGGCCCCCAAUGCCAGUUUUGGCAGUUGUGUUUCCACGCGAGGGAUCUGAUCCAUCGAAGUGGCUUUCUUAUGGAACAACACAGGCGAGGCAAUGUUUUUCUGUUAGAGGUGUCUACCCUUUGAUGGGGAGUACUGAUGAGGCCGAAACUGGUGGGCUCACCAAGGAGGAAUAUGGGAUAAAACUUGCACUGAACUACGGCCGGUCAGUCGGCAUAAUAAAGCCGUACGACAGGGUGAUAAUUUUCGAAAAGAUUGGCGAUUCUUCUGUUGUCAAGAUCAUUGAGUGUGACGAUUCUUAAAGAUGAGACACCCAUUUCUCAGGCAACAGUUUUUACACGCCUGGGAUCACCUUUUGUUCUCCAUUUACUCUGACCAGAGAUAACAAGAGAAGUACAGCAUGACACGGUUGUCUCCUGUUUAGCACUUUGGCAUUUUAGAUUUAUAUACUUCUUGCCGUAAUAAGUUGAAGAUAAAUUCAGAAACAGCAGCAACCAAGUUUUGGACAAAACUAUAGUAUUGUUGAAUGAGAUAAUAUCUAUGAGUGAUUCCUAGCCUGUAUUUCACAUUACAUGAUAUGCUGUAUUUAACUGAAAAGACAUACUGUCUUCAGCGAUUA